AUGGUGGCGAGCGGGUUGGUGGCGGGCGGGGCGCGGAAGCCCGGGGGCCGCGCCGGGAAGAGGAAGGCGAGGGGCCGAGGGGGCGCCGGGGGACUGGGGGCGCGCGGCGGCUCCAGGGCUGGGGUGGGGGCCGGGCCGGCCGGAUCGGGGGUCCUGGGCCGGGGCCGGGGCCGGAGCCGGAGCGGAGGGGCCGGGGCGGAGGGGGCCGGAGCCGGGACCCUGCAGGAGCGAGGAAAUCGGCCGAGGGAGCGCCGCUGCUGCCGCUACCACCGUUGCCUCCGGAGCUCGCUGGGCGUGCGCGCUGCGCUCUGCUCCGUGGCGGACCACGUUGAGAACAACAACAGCCUGGUCUGGAGCCAGCGCCAACUUGUGCUUCUUGGAGCCCCUUCCUCGGCCUCUGGCUUCCCGGGCAGCGCCUCCCGGGCGCCACCGAGCCCACCGCCGAGCGCCCCGGACAGGGCCCGAGCCUGCGGCGCAGCGGAGAAGCGGCCUGCGCCCGGGAAGGGCUCGACAAAGGGGAACGGAGGGGUGCACCCUAGGCUGCGGGAGCGCGAGUGGAGGGGGGCACCCGGUUUGGAGGCGAAUAGCGCGGGCCCCGGGGGAGGCCGCGCGGCGCGGAGCUUUGCGGCCGGCAGCCAAGAGUGCGCCGCGGCCACCUAA